AUGUCGAGCCUGGGCGCCUCUUCUUCUGCUGACGGGAGCCAGCAAUCUAGCGCUGCCGCCGCUGCUGUGGCCGCGCGCGUGGCCGAGCGCACCAUCGCCGAGAUCGAGGGCGACAAGUACGACGACAGCGGCAAGUACGCAGACUUCGCGGAUCGCUGCGGAGGGACGAGGUCGCCCCUGGAGCUCCUCGGCAUGUGCGAGCAGCUCUACUGCGAGAACGCGGACUGCCGCCUCUCGCUCGUGGACGAGACGGGCUUGUGGACUACCGACCGCCACCCCCUUAACGCAGAGGGACGCGGCGACGAGGACAGCGUCUCGCAACGGGAGGAGAGCGUCACUAAGAUCGGCAUCAUAGAUAUUCGCAAGGGGCCAUGGUACAUGAAGUGCCCAGAGCACAUGAAGCGCGAAGUUCGUCCAGGAACGCAGUACUUGCUGUUCCACUGGGGCACCCUGCUUGAGGGGGCAAGGCGAGCUUUCGCCAAGGACGGCCAGAAGAAGAAUCGCACAGUACAGCUUUCCGUCAUGAACGGUGUGAAGGCGUGCAAGGAGUUCAACAUUCGCAUGCCGAAGGACGCCAUCAGGUUUCUCAUCAACGUUGGCAACCUCGUCAACGAUCAGCAGACGCCGAAGACGUUCGUGGAGAUCUUGGAAAGCACAGACAGCAUUGAGAUGGCAUGGACGAAGAAGAAGAACGCGAACAAUUGGUCUGCUCCAGCUUUGGGUGGACAGGCGAAGCUCGAGGAGUACAAGUUCGAGUUCAUCAAGACCUUGUCGAGGGAUUGGAGGACGUAUCGCAACUACGAGCUGUGCAACACGUUCUACAAGGAGAGCAAGAAGGUGUUCACCGACGGUACCACCACUGUGUGGGCGGAGUUCAAGAGGCGCGCCCUUGCCGAGAUUGCGUUUACUCAACCUUUGGCGUCGAAGCAUGAGCGGACCUUCAUCGUCCUCGCCUCUGUCCUUCGGAAGUUGCGCUACAACCAUCCUCAGUUCAUCGUGGACGUCAUCAUGCAGUACUUCCCAAGGACCCCUACAGCAGGCAACAUCGGCAAGGGCUUCCUGCAUUCCGAAGGACUGGCGCCCAUCGACGUCUUCAAGGAGGAUGCGAUCGACACUUUGAUGGAGUCUAUGAAGGAGUCGGCUGUCUGGAAGCAGCUCAAGGCGGACAAGGCGAAGCGCAACGAGAUGCUCCUGCAGGCUGCUCAAGAGGCGCAGUCAGUUGUACAGCCAGAAGGCGAGGCAGCGGGUAGCAAGAAGGAUGCGAAGGAGCUGAAGAAGAGCCAGAAGAAAGCCGAGAUAAUCAAGAAUAAAGCCCCGAAAGCAGACCUCGUCAUCGACGAAGAGAACGACGUGGAGUUCCUGCACCACCUUCGCGAGACAAUCGAGUACAUGAUGAGGGUCGACUCGACGAGGGACUGCGACAUCGCGUCUUUCAAGGACCUCGCUAUCCGUGGCUGCCUGAUUGAAUCAGUGGAAGUUCUGAAGGGGAAGGGCAAAUCCAAGCUGAACGGGUUCUCGGCUCCUCGCAAGAUUGCCAAAGCCGCGCUGUACAAGAACGCGAACUUGGCGCCGAGGCCGUCUGAUCCAGACUUCCUUGAUGGUGAACAACCUGUGACUGAGGAAGAGCAGGCUGCCUUAGCGACGACUGCAAUCGAGGACUUGGCGAUCACAAGGGCUACCGCGGACGAGAAGGCAGAGGAGUACAUCUCGCAGAUUGCAGCGAUACAGUGCCACUUCGUCGAGAACAACAGCAUGCUCCCCAUCAUGGGUCGCAUGUGCGCUGCGAAGGCUUUGAGCAGCGCGAUGGGCAGGGUGGCUGAGAUUGUGCAGAAGCAGACGGUCUUCGAGUCCUUGAAGGAGGCGGCGCUCGCUAUUACCCAGGCUGCCAUUGAGGAGGUGCGCGUGGUGAUUCCAGCUGAGUGGGACAUCGUCGUAGACUUCAUCGUCAAGGCAAAGGCGCAGGACAAGCUAGACGACAUCGCGCUCACCGACUGGAACAAGCUACUCAAGCUGGACAACAACUUGUCCAACGGCUCCGUCUACCUCGACCUGCUGAGGGUGCAGCUGUGGAUGCACAUGUGCAGCGUCCUCGGUUUGCAGUGGUGCACUGUGCGUGGGGGUGCCGACCAGCAGAAGCAAGCCAAGUUCUUACCGCAGCUCGUGCACCAAUCACUGCUGGAGGCGACGGGUGAUCUCCAGUCGAGCGUGGCCCAGCCUUUCGACUUCAAGGCGCCCGAGAAGCUGAACAGCAUCACCAGGGAGUUCAUAGAGUACCUUGGCUUGCGGGGUAAGUCUGAGGCGGGCAUCAGCAAGCCCGUGCACUGGGAGACGUGGGUCGCGGCGUGGGUUGAGGAGUCCUUCAGUUGCCACGACGUGGCAAUCUCGGCCGAUGGGCUCGGCUACAAAGUGAAGAAGGCCCGUGACUUGUGUGUUCUGCAGGGAGCGACGGCAGCGCAGAUGAAGCACUUCAUCAAGAACAACAUCAAGAAGGAGCUCAAGGUAUCGGCCCAGGUGGACGUCUUCACGAACGAGAAGAACAAGCUGUUGAAAGAGAUCAUGGAAGCGAUGGACGCGGAGCACGCGGCGGAGUUAGCCUCCGAAGCGGUUCAAUCGGCUCCGACGCAGAUGAUAUUGAACCGAGUUGCGCUGCAGACUAAGCCCGCGCUGAAGGAGCCCAAGUCGGAGAAGAAGAAGGAUAAGAAGGCCAUCCAGAACGGUGAGAGCGACGAGUCUGACAAGCAGGCUGCGGAGAAGCCCCUUUUGCGAAAUUGGUUCACUGAGGUCAAGGAGCGAGAGUCCGCUGGGAACGCAUGGACCUCGGAGCUCAUGAAGAAGGUGAUCUCCGCCGCGGUGUCAGCGAAGAUUACGGAGGUGCUGUUGACCGAGGGCCCUUGCCAGCCAGGCUGCAACCUGGCACUCGACAUCAAAGAGGAGGGGACAGCGAAGGGCACGAAGAAGAUCUCAGUGGAUAUCAUUCGCAUGAACGUUCCCAACGCCACCGAGUGCAAGCUCCCGUACUGGGGGAAGGUCGUGGACGGCAGCGUUGCCCAGCACAUGCCGAGGCACUCGGUCAUGCAGCUGAAGCUUGCAAGCGGAGACGGACCAGACCUCUGGCUCGACGGAGCUCAGUUUCAGAAUGUCAAGCGCAGCGACUUCUGCCCAGCGUGGCUCAUCACGUACGCGCAGCCCGUGGACAAAGACAAGGACAAGGACGCAGUUGUGCAGGAGCCGCCGAAAAAGAAAGCGAAGAAGUCGGCUCAGGGAGUCAAGUACGACCCCUUCGACACGCACGAAGUUCACUACGAGCCGAUGCCGAUCGCGAUCCACGUGAAUGGCGAGGCCCACAUUUUCGACUACACAAGGCCGUACCUGAAGGACGUCACUGGCGAUGGCGUGCAUGUGUACGGCAUCCCGUGCCACCGCAGCGCGGUGGACAGCGACGAGAUGGACAUCAAGAAGAAGGCCAAGGCGCAUGAGGCCGCCUCUGGCUUUGCAGCCCAAUAG